ACAGUUUGAGUGUAUGAACGAGUAUUGCUAUGGUUGCCCAUAGUGGACAAUAAAAAAAGCUGUCAACGUUUUACAUUUUCUCUGAAUAUAUCGAAAACCUCCACCAAAACGGUAACAAUACCUUGCAAACUGUUGCUCCCCAAAAGUUGGGGAGUCAUGGAAACCGAGGAGAGCAACAAUCACCAUGGUGAUGAGGGCACCCUUAACAUCGUUGCUACCUAUUGGCCGGUCUGGGUGUACGCCUAAAGACAGCCCUCUGUGAUUCGGCGAAAACGUGUCAACGUCCUUACUGCUUCAUUAAAAACAAACUCCUGCUGCGUAGAUUCAGGAAGUGUCGCUGCUUUCUCGUUUUACCUGGUGGCACAUUUUCAGGGGAUGACUCGUGAGACUUUUUAAAUGGCCAGCCAAGAUAAAAAGGUGAAAGGACCUGACAAAUCACUAGCAAGGUCGAAAGGACCAGUUGAAAGGGAAUUGUGCUGCCUCAAAGCCCUCUUAUCUCUCCUCAGUGUCCCUGUUUCCAGACAUCAGGUUGCAGCAGGGAGCCAGUCGAGAUCCCAACAUAUCCACCAGCGGAACAACAAAAGCUCGAAGAAGAGCAGCAAGCAUACAGCUAACGAGGCUUCAGAGCUGGAGAGCUUCAGCGUGACAUACAGAAAUCAGAGAGACUUCAGCCACCACCCACUGCACAAGCUCUUCUUGAACAUCUUCUCCUGUUUGAUCAAGAAUAGACUUGUUUGCAGUGAGUGGCUCCGGCAAGCCUCUCCUGACAACAUCUUAGGAGUGCUGAUCUGUCUGAGGCUGUUGAUAAGAGACCCACACCACCAGAAAAUCUUCCAUGAACUCCACGGAGUUGAUGGCCUAGCAAGGUAUAUGGAAUCAGUGUCCAGUGACUAUCUGGAGGGAGGAUAUCAAAUAUUUGCUGUGGACAAACUGGUCAACAUGACAUAUAUAUUCCAGAAGCUUUCUGCUGUUGAACACCAAAGAGCCUGGGUUAUCAAGUGUCGUGCUCACGAGACCCUGGUGAAGCUUCUGGCCUCACGGGACACCAGUGCAUUACUGGGAGCUCUACUUGCCCUCACCAGCUUGGCAGACAGUCUGGAAUAUAAGGAGAAGAUAGGAGAGCUGCCAGUGGUCGGAAGUCUUCUCGUGAUACUUCAGGAGUAUGACCUGCUUUCGAAAAGAGUGAGUGCAGAGCUGCUGAGGCUGCUGUGUCCCGCCCCACGGAUCUGGGAGCAGGUGCGGGCCUACGAGGGCGUCCCCGUGCUCCUCAGCCUGCUCCAGUCAGAUCACCUCAGGCUGCUGGGGAGCGCAGUGUGGGUCCUGGUGCAGCUGUGCGAGGACCCUGGCAUCGCGGCGGAGAUCCGUGCUUGGGGCGGAGUGCAGCAACUGCUGCAUAUUCUGCGCAACAAGCGGGAAUACAUCUCGGACCGCUCCUCUGUGGAGACACUGUCCAGCGCCAAUGCAGCUGGCCGCAUCCAGAGGCAGCACGUCUCGGAGGAGUUCAGCCCAAAGGAAACAUUGGAGAAUGUGAUGUCUCUGCAAGCGGCAUGCUGUGCUGCACUGACGGAGCUCAUCCUGGAUGACACCACGGCUCAUCAUGUUGUACAGGAGAAUGGGGUGUAUAUCAUAGGAAAGCUGGUUCUGCCACAAAGCUCACAGCCAGGGCCAAAAGCAACAUCCCUCCAGUGCUGCGCCUUCAGGACAUUACGUUUCCUCUUCAGCGUGGAGCGAAAUCGCCGCCUAUUUAAAAGACUGUUUUCUGCAGAGCUGUUCGAGAUGUUUAUAGACGUCGGGCAUUAUGUUCGUGACAUCACCUCGUAUGAGGCACUGCAAGCGAAGGUCUCUCUUCUAUCUGAAGAAGAAUUAAAGAGUCUGAGGGAAGGUAUUGAGGCCGUGAACUUGCACAGGUCCCCCUUAAAAGUGAUCAAUGGCUAUGCCGUUCUGGACCAUCUGGGCAGUGGAGCCUUUGGCAGUGUGUACAAGGUCCGGAGGCAGAACGGGCAGAACCUCUUGGCUCUGAAGGAAGUGAACCUUCACAAUCCCGCCUUUGGCAAAGAUAAGAGAGAGCGGGACGUGAGCGUGGAGAAGGUGGUGUCUGAGCUGAGCGUCAUGAAGGAGCAGAUAAGCCAUCCAAAUAUUGUUAAAUACUACAAGACAUUCUUGGAAAGUGACAGGCUCUACAUCGUCAUGGAGCUGAUCGAUGGCGUACCCCUGGCUGAACAUUUAAACUCUCUGAAAGAGAAGCAGCAGCGAUUCACUGAGGAUAGAAUUUGGAACAUAUUCAUUCAGAUGUGCCUGGCGCUCCGAUAUCUCCACAUAGAGAAGAAGAUCGUUCACAGAGACCUUUCCCCUAAUAAUAUCAUGCUAGGAGAGAGUGACAGAGUUACCAUCACGGACUUUGGCCUGGCGAAGCAGAAGGAGGCCGGCUGCGAGCUAACAUCGGUGGUGGGCACCAUGCUGUACUCCUGCCCAGAGAUAGUGAAGAGUGAGCCCUACGGCGAGAAGGCUGACGUCUGGGCUCUGGGCUGCAUCUUGUACCAAAUGGCGGAGCUGCGCCCUGCGUUCUACAGCAGCAACACACUGGCUCUCGCUACCCAGAUUGUAGAGGCUGUAUAUGAACCAGUGCAAGAUGGUGUCUUCUCUACGAGAGUAACAGACAUCAUUAAGUGGUGCUUGACCCCAGAUGCCGACUUGCGCCCCGACAUCGUGGAGAUCAGUGGCAGGAUCUCUGACCUCAUGAUGAAGUUCAUCGACAACCUGUGCACUUCCCAGCAGGCACUGGAGAAAAAGCUGGAGCGCGACAGGAAACGGGCACUGAAGUACUUCCUUGAAGCCAGCAGAGCUGGGAUCGGUGCUUGUCAUUUGUACGUCUCGCAGCAGGGUAUGGGUUCGGAACCCAGGCUUUGCACUGAUGGGCUAGCAGAUGUGAAGAGUGACCCCUGCGACACUGAAUCGUUUCCCUCCCCGACUCAAUGCCCCGCUCAGAAGGAGGAGGGAUCUGCCCUGGUAGCCAGCCUGCAGGGCUCCAAGCAAGGGUGUAUAAAACACAGUGUCAGUGCUUCUGCAUAUGAGGAGAGAAAUUGCACUGGUGGAGAUCUUGCUGUUACAAAAACUACUCCCCGGCCAGCAUCGGCAGGGAUAUGUGUGUCCCAGAGGAAAGUUCGCCAAAUCGACGACCCCAUCCAGACGCUGCUGCUGCUGUUGCAUAAAAUUAUCUACAUCAGUCAGCUUCCUCCAACUCUUCAGCAUGAUUUUAAACGUUGGGUAGUUGAGAGGUUCAAGAAGACUCUCUUUGACUCCAGGAGCAGUCCUUACAAUCUUAAGCUGGAGCUAAAGAAGCUCCUGCAAGGAUCUCCAGAAGUUAUCGAGCAGAUCGAUUUGAACUGGUCAUCCUCCAUUCAGUCUUUUGGGGGGAAACGGUUUUGCAUUGAUGAUAAAGGUGACUCUGACUAUGCAAGUCUUCAGGAGGGAAUAGCAUAUGAACAGAUGAUGACUAUAAUUGAAGAGGUAUUGGAAGAAAACGAAUACUGCAGUGCAUUAUCGAACAGACACAGAAGAACAGAAGACUUCACCCCAGCACCACGUUUACGAACUCCCGAUGUCCAGGUCUUACUGCCAGAAAACCAAAGAAUGAAAUUCUUCAAACAAUGACUCAGUCAUUAUAGGGCUUUUGUACUGAAUUGUAGAAUUACAAUUAUCUUCUCACCGAGCUUAGGUCCACAGUAGGUAGCCUUACAAUGUGUAGUGUGACUGGCAUGCUGAAUAGAAAAGCUUGCCUGCUUUCAUAAGCCUGUGCCUGCCAAUUUUACUGACAGAGCAGAUGGAUUUAAAAUCAAAAUGCAGUGCUUUUUCGAGAAAAGGGAGCUGAUUACUUUUGUCGUUGCUGAAUAAGUUUUAGUAUAUAAAAGUACGAGGGAAUGUACUUGUAGUUUUUAAACCUCCAGUUUGUGAAGUUUAGUGUUUUCAGAAUCCAUAAUCUCCUGCUUUUACUUGAGUUCUGCUUUAUGCACAAUUAUUAUUGCCUCUCCUACGAUUUUAGGUCCUGAUCAAAACCAGUAAUUGCACAUGAUUAUCAAGGGAGAAAAGCUGAAAAACAAUGUGAAAACUAGUAUAUGCUGUGAAGUUUAAAUAGUGCAUAUUUAUAACUUCUGAAUCUGUACAUCAUUAUUCAUUGAUUGGUUUCCUCUGUGGUGAACAGUGGAUCAUUUUUUAGUUCUCUGAAACUUUGGAGUUAUAGUUUGUGAUGCCUGGCAAUGAAAAUAUAUCGCUGUGUGUUUCUUCCAAAGAUAUUAAAUUAACUGUAUUCUUUCAGUUUCUGAAAUCUCAGGGUACUCUUGCAGCACUUUGUAUUGUAAGCACAGCAUAUAUGCUACAUACAUACAUGUCUGUAUAUGGUACUUAUAUUUACAAUCCAAAACAAUGUGUCGAAAAAUGCACAUGGCUUGCAUGCUUGGGCAUGAUAAGCUGUUGGUUACUUAAUUAUCUCUACAUUCUUUGUAUUUUACUUAAUUCUCCUGUAUUGUUAGUGAUAUCCAUGUAGGUCAGCUCUCUUGCAUGUUUUUUGUAACGUCUUAAAGAUACUUUUUUUUAUUCAGCUGAGCAACAUCAAAAUGGUAAAAAAAAAAAUUUUAUGACGUUUUAUGAAGAUUCAAAACAAAAAAGAUCCCAACUGCAUAAUUAACUGCAGAUUUAAAAAGAAACAACAUAAAGAAUGUGGAUAGAUACAUGAAUGUAAUGGACUUUGUAUUUCAUUUUAACAAGCCAUUAAAAAACAUCUUAAUAUCUGUAAUCUA